AUGUGGACACUUGAGAAAGGUUGUGAAGAUAUUAUUCGAGAGGCUUGGGAUUCAACUGACGCUAUGGGAGGUGUGAAGGAGGGAAUUAAGAAUUGUGCAGGGAAACUGGCAAAAUGGAAUAAAUUAACUUUUGGGCAUGUGCAAAAGCAGCUUGCUGCUGCCCAUAAAGAACUGGAGGUUUUACAGGGGCGAAUGGGACAAGAUCAAGUGUUACUAAAGAAAAAAGUAGAAAGGACCAUUGUUGUCUUACUCGAGAAAGAGGAGGUAAUGUGGCGGCAGCGUUCCAGGGUUGCUUGGUUAAAGGAAGGGGACAAAAACACCAGGUUUUUCACGAAAGAGCCAACACAAGGGAACGGAAAAAUACAAUAA